UCCUGCAUUGAACGCCAAGAGAAUGAGAACCUGGAAGCUCAUGGAGUCAUGGCAACAACGACUUGCUAGGAUGCUUCGAUAAAAGUCCAGAACUCCUUACCGGUUUUCUUCUUCUGUUCUUUUCUCAUCCAUAAAGUGAGGAAUACUGCCCUGAUUCUCAUUCCCGGUAGGAACCCCCCACUAGCAUGGCUUUGUCUAACAACAUGAGACACCUCGCCAAGCAAGCUGCGACAGCAGCGCUGUUGCUGUCUGGCUACUCCGGCAUUGCCGCGGCACAGAACACAACAAGCCAGCCGACGGCUACCUCAUCGUCAACGGCAUGCGCAAGCAUCUUGACCCCGUCCUAUUCGCCCCCGGUUGCCGCCGAGGGUUGGAGCGCCCAAUUGAUUGCCACGGGGCUGUCGAACCCGCGUGGCAUGGUAUUUGACAGCAAGGGCGCCCUCCUGGUUGUCGAAAGCCGCGUUGGCAUUACGCGUUUGACCUUCAAUGACAGCGGGGGCACUUGUCUAUCCGUGGCGAGUAAGGAAACCAUCGUUAGCGAUUUAGGUCUAAACCAUGCCAUCGAACUUUCAGACGAUGGCAGAACUCUAUAUGCUUCGACAUCUGAGAGCGUCUACAGCUGGCCCUAUGACCCGGACAGGACUACCGUAGAGAACCGGCGGACGCUUGUCCAUAACAUGAACCCUGGUGGCCACCCUACAAGGACGUUGCUCUUGUCCCGGAAAGUGCCCGGCCUACUCCUUAUCUCCCAAGGCAGCGCCGAGAACAUUGACCCGCUGGCCGCUGAUCGAAGCUCUGGUCUAUCCCAGAUUCGUGCCUUCAACCUCACCAACAUGACCGACGACCCCCAGCCAUACAACUAUGCCAGCGACGGCCUCCUCAUUGGCUGGGGUCUGCGCAACUCAGUCGGCGUCGCCGAGCAUCCAGUCACUGGUGGAAUCUUUAGCGUCGAGAACAGUGCCGACGAGAUACACCGGCGCGGGCAGGACAUACACGAAGACAACCCCGGCGAAGAGCUCAACUUCCACGGCUAUCUCAACGACAGCUCCAGCUUCGGCGGCAACUAUGGGUACCCCAACUGCUUCGCUCUGUGGAACACAUCCGACAUUCCAGAGCGCGGAAACCUAACUGUGGGCUCCCAGUUCGUCAUUGACGACAGCGUCAACGAGGCCAUAACCGAUGAGACUUGCGCCAGGGAUUACACCCCGCCGCGCUUGACUUUCCGGGCACACAUGGCCCCGCUUGACAUCAAGUUCCUGCCCUCUUCUGGCUCGCGGGCCUUCAUCUCCUUUCACGGCAGCUGGAACAGGGAUCAACCCGCUGGAUACAGGGUUUCGUCUGUAUUCUUCUCGGAGUCCACAGGUCAGCCGACCGAGCCGCCGGACAGCAUCACCGCCGCGGUGGAUGUGCUCUAUAACCCAGAUCUGUCGGUUUGUCCAAGGGGUUGCUUGCGCCCUGCUGGCUUAGCGUUUGAUCCUGCCACGGAGGAGCGGCUGUUCGUCUCGAGCGACGCGACCGGCGAGAUCUGGGUCCUGCGCCAAACUAGUCCGGCUCCUGACCCGACCAGUACCUGGAGCGCCUCGCUGAGUACUGACGCUAAUGGCGGGAGAGGGCCCACGUCUAGUGCUGCCGCCGGCCUUGGGUCGCGGAGUGGCUUCGGCACGGAUGGAGGGAUGAUGGGUUGGUUGACGACCAUCAUGGUGGCUGUUGGUUGUGUGUUUGUGGCCAUGAUCUAAGUAUCUUGAUAUCAGUAGUACAGAGCUGGUGAUGCUCGUCCAUGGUGGGAUUUACAGAUGGAGGUGCUCAAUUCCCAGGGGACCCAAGGGAAAGGUUUGUGAAAUGCCUGAAAGAAUAGUUAGCCCAGCGCUCCGCAAAGAUGACGAUGGCCAAGAUAGAAGAAUCCAAGUUCCAUUUUAAAAU